GGGUGUGCAAGGCGUUGUUGCCUGUUGCCAAUAGACCAAUGUUUGAAUAUGUAUUAGAUUGGUGUGAAAAGGCAUUUUUCCCCAAGAUUACAUUAGUGACCGACGAAGAGAGUUACGAGGAGAUGAAUUCUGCAUUAGAGAACUAUAAGUUGGCGAAAACCAAUAAGAAAAAGAUUGAGAGCGAGGCUGAGAUUGUUGGAUCAACUGAAGAAGUAUUUCAGUACGCAACUUCGAUUGAUAUCGUUUCUAAUAUUGCAAGUUCCAGCGGAGAAAUAUUGAGUUAUUUGAAGAACUCUAACAAAUUACAAGGGUUUGAAAACUUUGUUAUCUUGCCCUGUGAUUUCAUUACCAAUUUACCACCCCAGGUCUUGAUUGAAGCUUAUAGAAAUAAAUCAGAUCAAGAUAUUGGAUUAGCAGUGCAUUAUAAGAACUCAUUGGAUAUAGAGGAUAAGAAGAACACCAUAUUUCCUAAAAACUAUACUGUAUACACUGAAUUAGAAGAUGGACAACAACAAUUAUUAGAUAUUUAUUCUAAAGAAGAUACUGAUUUUCAUAAAGCAUUAAAAUUAAGAACACAAAUGAGUUGGAGAUACCCCAAUAGUACUGUUGGUACCAAAUUACUUAAUAGUUCCAUAUACUUUGGAUCUUGUAAACAAAUAUUUGAAAUUUUCGAAAGAAACCAAUUAAAAUUUAGUGAACAGUAUUUCAGAACCAGAACCAUAUCGAAGAUAUUUCGUGAUUUAGCAAGAAGAUCGUGGAGACAUUCCUCAUUGAAAGAGUCGAUCAGCUUCUUGAUUGUACCACAACAAGCUACUUUUUUCAGAUCGAAUAAUUUACCAGUUUUGAUGGAAGCAAAUCGCUAUUUUAUGAAAUUACAAGCACAGGCAAAAGGCCAACAAGCAGCAAAGGAAAAGCCAAUUGCAAAUGUUGGUAAUGACUCAUUAAUUGGAGCAGAAACUGAAUUGGGAGAAAAAACCAAUGUUAAAAGAACAGUUGUUGGACCAAAUUGUUGGAUUGGUAAACGAGUUAAAUUAACUGGAUGUUUAAUUUUAAAUGAUGUUAGAAUUGAAGACGAUGUUCAAUUGGAAAACUGCAUAAUUGGACAUCAUGUAAUUAUACAACCUAAGGCUAAAUUAAUUAAUUGUAAUGUUGAAUCAACUUAUCAAGUUUCAAAAGGUACUCAAGCUAAGGGAGAUACUUUAUUAUGUUUCACAUUGGAGGGUUUGGUUGAUCAGAAUGCAGAUGCCAGUGAUCUUUCACUGGAAGCAGUAUCAAGUACCGAAGGUGAUGAGUCCGACCUGGAUGAUGAUUUUGAUGAUGAAUACGUUGAUAAUGCAGAUGGGUUAUUUGCAUAUUAGAAAAUGCAUUUUUAUAAAGUUUAUAAAAUAAC